ACUGUUUCGGCUCUCCCCUUCCUUCGACUUGGCCAGUGGACUAUUCAUUCUCUAAUGUUUUAGUGCACACCCUCCAGAAUGAAGAUAGAAUUCACAAGAAAUAGAUUUUUCAGACCUAGAGAUUAGAAUCUUCUCGCAGAUUGUCAAAUGAGGAGACGUUGAAAACCAAUCCAAGAUGACAUCGAGUGGAUUGGUUGUUCCUAUUGUGUUGUGGGGAAAGACCGCCCCUACUCACUGUAUAUCGGCCAUAUUGGUGACCAGCGACCAGCAGACUAUUAUAACGGGAUGUCAUGAUGGCCAGGUUAUCUUGUGGGACCUCAAUGAUAACAUGAAGGUGGUCCCAAGAAACAUGCUUUUUGGGCACUCCUCUUCUAUCACAUGUCUGGCAAGAGCUAAUGAAAACUGGGAAUCUGCCAACUUUGUCAGUGCUGCUGAAAAUGGUGAAAUUUUCCUGUGGGAUGUUUCUGAUGGUAGAUGUAUAGAACAAACCAAGGUCCCAGGAGUUCAUCUCACAAUGCAUCCAUACCAAGUAACCCAAGGUUCAAGCCGGGAAUGGCGUAUCAUCUGCCAGGGAUACUAUCCAGAUAUUCAUGUUCUCGAUGCUGGUAGUUUAGAGCUUCUCUACACCCUUUCAUCGAAGGUAGCCCCUGAUUGGAUCUCUGCUCUGUGUGUCACUCGCCCCCUCAAAAGACAAGAAGAUGUUGUUAUCGGGAUUUCUACAUCCGGAAUGCUGAAGGUUUGGAACCUGACUGGUAAUGAUAAGCAGGACAGUGAACCAAAGCAUGAAGAGGAAUGUAAGCAGCUACGAUGCCGGAAUGCCAAAUCUUUAGCUGUGUGUGCUUUCACUCUCAGAACAGUACUGGUUGUGUGUAGUAAACAGUGGCAGAUUUGUGAUGCUGGUGAUUUCUCCCAGCUGUGUGUCCAGUACUGUGAGAAGGGUCAGCAUUGGUCUGGAGGUGACUUCAUCGCUGCUGACCGGGUGCUGGUGUGGAGCAACCAAGGCAAAGGAUACCUCUAUCAGUUGCCAUCCAACUGUAUCCCAGAGAGUGAAGAUUUCAGAAGUAACAUUGGUCAGAACCAGAAUGUUCCAAGUGCUAAACCAUUCCUAUAUUGCAUACUUGAAGCACCCAUGGAAAAGCCACUUUCUUGCUCUCCUGCCAUGACAUUCUUCUACGGUCGACGAGGCCCAUUCUACAAGCUGUUUGCCUGUGGGGAUUCCUCAGGAAGGGUUACUGUGUGGAAGGUACCAGAGGUAUCCGACAAGGAGCUCAGCUACCUCAAGCAAGAAGAGUUUGAUACGUUGCCAGUCAUGCCCCCAACAGCUAGCAACAGCCUCAAAUCUACAUGGGAUUCAUGCAGUCCCAAACCUAGUGGUAUCAUAGACCAAUUGAAUGUAUCUAAUGAUGGUACACAUGAGAAAAAGCUUGUGGUCACAUCCAGCGUGUACAUCCCAAGUCAGGGAUGGAUUGUAUGCGGAAGACAGGAUGGUAGCAUUGCAAUCGUUCCUGCCGUACAGACUGCCAUCGCACAGCUGCUUGAAGGUCCUCAUACUGCACGGAGAGGAUGGCCACCCCAUCGAAUCUUGCGAGGUCACCAAGGCAAGGUGACCUGUCUAAUGUACCCUCACCAAGAGAAUAGCCGCUACGACCCCUCCUACCUGGUCUCUGGUGGGGUAGACUUCACCAUCUCUCUCUGGGAUAUCUUUGCUGGUAGCAUGUUGCAUACGUUCUGUGUCCAUGGAGGGGAACUUACCAGGAUUGUUAUCCCACCUGCUUCAUGCAAUGCUCGAGUCCUGACAUGCGUGUGUACCGUUGCCAGCGAUCAUUCAGUAGCUCUUUUGAGCUUGCGAGAUAGGAAGUGUAUGCUUCUGGCCAGUCGACAUCUGUUCCCUAUCAGGCACAUCAAGUGGCGACCGGCAGAAGACUUCCUCAUCGUUGGUCUGGAGGACAAUAGUGUAUUUGUCUGGCAGAUGGAGACAGGUCACCUGGACAGAGUAGCUGAAGGUAGUACUGCUGAAGACAUGCUUGAGGCUUGUGAUGCUGUAGGAGAGACAACAGAGAUGAUGCUAACUCCAGCACAGAGCAUUGCCCAAGCUUUCCGUCGUCGCUCCCUGACAGCCAUCAGGAACGCAGCCCACCGUACCCUCCUAGCUGCUGCACAGGGUUCCAUGCUCAAUGUUCCCAGUGGAGGUGACAUAGCCGACAAGGAUCCGAACCAUGCCCUGACCAUCCAGGCCAUCAAGUCUAACGUCAAAGACCCUGACUUCCAUGUUCUGUUCUUUGAUGCCGAGAACCUCAUUGUCCAGCUCUUAACAGACAAGAACCUGAUCCCAGGUAUCAUCAACAAGGGUGCACAGGGAGAGAUGGCAAAGAUGGCUGCCCAGGCUGCAAAGGCAGGAUCAGGACAGUCACCGAAGCUGUCACAGAAGUUUGUUGGUUUCAUCUCAGAGCAGAUCAAGAAGCAGAUGGGGGACAGUGACUCAGAUUCAGAUGAGCUGGGUCCAUUGCGUCCUCCGAGGGCAUCACAGUCCAAGGUUGGGGCUAAACGCAGGGGACCAAAACACCUGACCCUAGACUCUAAACACCUCACAUUAGACAUUGCACAACUCUUCAUGUCUUGCCUACAUGCUUGGGGCUUGGACCCAACCUUAGAUGAGAUCUGCAAAGAUAAGUUAGGUUUACUUAAGCCGUUCUGUCCAGUUUCUUUCGGUCUCCUGUCUCAUGGUGCCCACAUGUCCCUCAUGCUACCUGGAUGGCAUCACUUGAUGUCACAGGAAGUCACUCCAGCUCACUCACCAGAUCCUAGUACAAUGUCUGCCAAGGAAGCCUUGGAGCUCAAGAAGAGAAGCCAGCAGGAGUUACAAUCUCUGGCCAAUGAGACACCCAAACCUGGUUACCUAGGCCACUGGGAAUUAUCUCGAGCAGUUACUACACAACAUCUUCUCUCUGUCAUCUCUGUGGCUAACACCCUGAUGGGUAUGAACAAUGCAAGCUUUGUCAUGCUUUCCCACCUACGCAAAGCAAAGCCAAAGAGAUCUUCAAGCAAGGGGAAAGAUUUAACAGAUAAUGGAUCUGAUGAUCUUGCAGACCUUACUCCUGAACAAGCACAAAUCAAACAAGGAUGGAGCCUUCUCGCUGCCCUUCACUGUGUCUUGCUACCUGACCUUCUAGGAAGUGUUCAUUACAAGCCACCAUACUUAGAGAUGCUAGCAAGGAGAUGGCAAGACAGGUGUCUGGAGGUAAGAGCGGCCAGUCAAGCAUUGCUUCUUGCAGAGCUUCAGCGAAUCGGUACUGAUGGGAGAGAGGAGGUGAUCAACCAAUGGGCACCUCAUCUCCCCCAUUACGUGGACUCAUCGGUCAGCUUGACCGCCCCUGCACAGAGUGGUCAGAGUCCACUAGCUGGAGGUGCUCUGGCCCGUGAUGGUCACUUGGAUGCAGGGAGUAGUGAAAGCUCAGAGGUGGAGAAUGAAGAGGAAAUCUUGUGUGGUGAUUCUCCAAUUAGGAAGGUCUCAUCAUCGUUCGAGUCCCGGAGGAAGCAAGCUACAGCCAUUGUUAUGCUUGGUGUGAUCGGAGCUCAAUUUGGUGCAGAGAUCCAGCCCAGUCGACAGAGGGCACCGAGUAAUACUAGCAACCGUCCCAUCCAACAGGGCUUCGGUUUGAGUGACUACUCACUGGCAAGACAUACAGCUCAAGCUCUUGCCUUCCUGCUCCUUCAACCACCCAGUGCAAGACUCCCUGCCCAUACGCCUAUCCGAAGGGCAGGGAUUGACCUGAUGGGAAGGGGAUUUACUGUCUGGGAACCCUUCAUUGAUGUGUCUGCGGUCCUUCUUGGAUUGCUAGAGUUGUGUUGUGACCCUACCCUAUAUUCUGCAUGUAUUUACAGCGGUCUUCCCAUCACCCCAGCUGCGGACUCCUGCCGUAGCGCCCACCACGCCCUGUCUCUGAUCGCCACCGCCCGCCCAGCAACCUUCAUCACCACCAUGGCUAAGGAGGUGGCCCGUCACCAGGCGUUGGCUUCCAAUGCCCAGGUGCCGGCCAGCGUGCUCAACACCAGCCCGCUGCAGAAAGCCAAGGCUGAGAUCCUGCGCAUCGUAGAGCUCCUCAUCGAGAAGAUGCAGAAUGACGUCUCAGAUCUACUGGUAGAGGUUGUGGAUAUUGUGGUGUUCUCGCUGGACACAAGUCAGGUGAAGUCGAAGGGGUUGAUGGAGGUGUUCCCGUCCAUCUGCCGCUUCAACAUGCUGAGCUACUGUCACAGCAGCAAGAGGCUAGCAGUGGGUGCCAAGACCGGAGCCAUUACCAUGCAUGACCUAAAGAGUGGCAAGACACAGGUAUUAUCUGGUCACCAGACCGCUGUGACUGCCCUAGCCUUCUCAACCGAUGGCAAGCACCUGGCAUCCUAUUCAUUUGGUGAUACAAAGCUCUGUUUCUGGCAGUCUGGGGCAUCUCUGCUAGGAGGGAUGAUAAGUUCAUCAACAAAGUGUGUUAAGUGCUACAUGACCAAACCAUUUAACUGUACAUCUACAGCAAAUCAACUUAGACAGGUCUCUGUUACCUGGCCACAUAGCAAAGCCAUUAUUCUGAGGUAUAUAGAUGGCACCAUGGAUAAAUUCACUCUGUAAAACCAUAACAUUCAUCAACAAAGUGCUACAUGACCGAACACAUCAAUUGUACAUCUUCAGCUAACCAACUAUGACAGGUCUCUUUUACAUGACCACAUACUGUAGAAUGAGGUACAUUGAUGGCACCAUUUAUAAAUUCACAUUCUGAAAUCAUAACGUUCAAUAACAAAUUGUCAGUUGCUACAAAUUGUUCAUCAACCGCCAGUCAACUACAACAGGUCUCUGAAACAUGGCCACAUAGCAAAUCCAUCAUUCUGAGGUAUAUAGAUGGCACCAGGAUAAUUUCACUCUCUGAGACCAUAAUGUUCAUCAGCAAAGCUUGUCAGUUACUACAAUUGUUCAUCAACAGCCAAUCAACUACAAGAAGCCUCUGUUACAUGGCCACAUAGCAAAGCCAUCAUUCUAAGGUACAUUGAUGGCACAAUGGAUGAAUUCCCUCUCUGAGAUCAUAACGUUCAUCAUCAAAGCUUGUCAGUUGCUACAACUGUUCAUCAAUAGCCAAUCAACUAAAACAAGUCUCUGUAACAUGGCUACAUAGCAAUACCAUAAUUUUGAGGUACAUAGAUGGCAAGAUAAAUGCACACUCUAAUAUGAUAAUGUUCAUCAACAAAGUGCUACAUGACAAAACCCUUCAAUGGUACGUCCACAUCUAAUCAACUAAGAAGGAUAUCUGUUACAUGGCCACAUAGCAAGGCUAUCAUUCUGAGGUAUAUACAUGGCACCAUGGAUAAAUUCACACUCAUAUUCAUAUGAUAACGUUCAUUUGAUAACCAUGGAUCAAACUCUGAGAUCAUAACAUUCUUUGUAAUGACUCAGACAGUUCUAAAGUAGAGAUUGUCCAUAAUGUUUUUUUUUUACAUUGUUACCAAUAUGAAUGGCUUGGCUGACCUCUCUGAGUUAAAUCUUUUUGAAGGAUAUCGAGUUUGUAUUAAGGGCUACCUGAUCAACUGUUUGCACCCAAUCAACUCAGAUCUUGUUAAGUACGUGUCAACAGACUUGCUAGUCUGUGUAAAAACAUGGGAAAGGGUUGGUUAGUAGAGUUGUAGAGCAAGAGAGAAGACUUGAAUGUUUUGGUCAGCUUGAUUGUCCGUCUCCAGGAGUGAUGAUAACCCCUGGGCUAUAUCAAAAUCUUAUAGUAUCAGUAAUUAUGUCAUUUGUAGAUAAUUUGAUUGUUGUAUCAGAAGUACACUACUCAUCUGGUGAUUUAUAUUCAUAUCUGUUGAUCUUUAUUAUUAAUUGUGGAAUUGUAUAUUUGUAAACUGGAAACAUUCCUUCCCUAGUUCAUUCCUACCAUAUACAUAGUGGAAUUAUAUUCAUAUAUGUUAUAAUGUAUAUUGAUGUAUAAUUGAACCUGAUAACUUCAUCUGACAUUGGAGAUGUGGAUUCAAUAGUGUUAUCCUUAAUAUGAAUGGAGAAUUAUAUAAAUAAUGGUGGAAUUAGGGACUAUUGUAGAGUUUGAUAUCAAUUCCCAUUUGCCUACUUUUCAUAGCAUGGAUCAUCCUUGGGUGUGGUUAGGGUUACAUUUAAGACAUCCUGCCAAAGUAUUAGUUGCUUCACUGUUUGUAGAAUGAUUUAUAUCAAUGUUCAGUGUAUGUACGCAUUUAUGGAGGCAUAUUUAGCUUGACUUUGUGAACUCGACUGUUGUUGAGUACAUGACGAUCUAUAUUGAUGGUACUGGAAGGUAAUCCCUAUUUAGUUGUCUAUGACCUUGUGUUGUUUUUGAUCAGGAAUUGUGGAGAUCCCUUUAAAGUGUAGCAUAUCUGCCAAUAUGGUGAUGUCUUACAGUACAGUACUGUUGAAGUAAACUAGAAAAAUUUGUAUAAUUAUCUGUAUAUCAUGUGAAGAUGAAGAUUAUUUUAUGGUAGAAUUUAUUUGAUGUUAAAUUAUAUAAGAUGUCAUUAUUUGAACAAGGAUCUAUUGAAUUGCAGCAGUAGUACACCUAUCCACUUUCUUGAUUUUGAAACCCCUUUGCAAAUGUGGAAUCUUGUUUUUGGAGAUAUGGUGCUAAUAUACAACUCAGACUUGUGAACAUUAUUUGCAAAAGGCUUAAACGUGACGUUAGUUUGAGACAAAUCAUAAUUGAAAAUAGUUUAAGUGAAGUAUGUGUGAUAAAAACAAAGAUUUCAAAGUCUGGUAUGAUUUGAUAGACUAUUGGGCAGAAAAAAAAUAAAUGAUUAAGCUAAUCUCUAUGUGGAUGCUCAUAUUACAUGUACGUUGAUUGCAGCAAAUUUGAUUUUUAUAAAUAGACUAACAUUAAACAAACAAAACACUGAAAAUCACAAACAAGUAGAAAAUUCAUGGCAUUUUGUUUAAAUUUUCCACUAUUUUAACACUUCUAUGUCAUGUGCAUGUCAUGAUUAUGCUGUGGGCAAACUGAUGACAUCAUCUACUUAUGUUUUCUUCUGUGUUCUCUUUAAUAUGUGAAAUUACAAAUAUUCUACAAAUAGUCUAUACAGUCCAAGGAUGUAAGAAUAUGAUUGACUACUGAGUUUAUGUGUGAGAUUAUCUUUGUUGUAGGUUAUUUUGUUGCAAGGGAGAUAUUUCUGCACACAUGUUUGAAAAAAGAAUUAUGAUAAACUUACAUUACAAUCAGCUCACUCAUUUAAUUUUAAAAAUGCUAUACAAGUUCAUGAUGUACAACCAUUUUCACCAAAAUACUUUAAAACCUGUCUGUCUUCAUCCAUUUUCAGAUUAUUUUGAGGAAAUGUGAGCAUUUUUCUUGUUUAAUUUUAUGCUAUUGUUGAGAGUCUAUCAUUUUCAGCCUGGAGUAUCCCUUUAAAUAUGUCUGGAAGGGGAGUACUUUUGAGUUUAUUUUGGUAAUAACAAAGCAAGGAUUGGUUAUGUUAAGACAUAGGAAGGAAUAGUAAACCUUGUCUUGCGUAUUAUGUGGAUACACAUUGUGCAAUUUUAUAUAGAAUGUGUUAUAUAUGAAAACUAUAUAUGAAAUAAAUGUACAGCAUUUAUGUUUUAACC